GGUCGCGAGCCGCGGGGCGCCGCAGGGCCCGGGAGGCGCGGAGAGAAGGCUGAAAUCCAAGGUCAUGGCGAAGCAUCUGAAGUUCAUUGCUAGGACUGUGAUGGUGCAGGAAGGGAACGUCGAGGGUGCAUACAGGACCCUAAACAGAAUCCUCAGCGAGGACGGGCUCCUGGAGGACAUCCGGCGGCGCCGCUACUACGAGAAGCCCUGCCGCCGGCGCCAGCGGGAGAGCUACGAGACGUGCCGGCGCAUCUACAACAUGGAGAUGGCGCGCAAGAUCACCUUCCUCAUGAGGAGGAAUCGGGCGGACCCGUGGCAGGGCUGCUGAGGCCUGUGAAUAAAAGGCCCAGAGUAACCCCUCAGCGCUGUGUCUCCCUCUUGUCUUUCGCCAGCUCCGGUCCUCUUUCACCUCUCCACGCGCUCCCCCAUGUGGGCGCCGGCCGGCCUGCCUGUGUGCAAGCAACCCCGGGCAGCGAGCAGGGCCUCAGCAAGCCAGAGUAGGCCCGGGUGGGUGCUGCGGCCAGGGCCUGGGGAAGGUGGAACGGCUCUGGGGGUGGAUGGUGGUGAUCACUGCCCCGAAGGGUACAGCUGUGCGCUUACAUGGUUUUAGCCGGUAAAUUGUAUGUUACAUAUAUUUUACUACAAUAAACAAUUCUUUACAAGUGGCCUAGGAGAGAUGAGGAAAUUUACUAAACCAUAGGGGAACAUGUCUACCACUUCCUACCCCGGUUUCAUGGAACCCAAAACAAGGUUUUAAUGGAAAAGCAUCUGUUACUCUUUACUGGUUAAAAAACAAAAGGAGAGACAAAAAGGAGAGCGAGCACGUGUGUAUUGAAGAGAUUGUUCUGAAAUGCCUGUCAGCCGCACAAGCAUGCUGGGACCCUGCACGA